AUGGCUCCGUUUGAGGCACUUUAUAGGAGGAAGUGUAGAUCACCUAUUGAGUGGUUUGAUGCGUUUGAGGUAAGACCUUGGGGUACUGAUUUGCUAAGAGAGUCUCUAGAUAAAGUCAAGCAGAUUCAAAAAAAUCUCUUAGCAGCUCAGAGUAGGCAGAAGGAGUAUGCAGAUCGAAAGGUCCUGGAUCUUGAGUUUAUGGUUGGGAAACAAGUGUUGUUAAAAGUCUCACCUAUGAAGGAUAAGAAUUUAUCCUAUGAGGAAGAGCCUAUUAAAAUAUUGGAUGGAGAGGUGUGUAAGUUGAGGUCGAAGGAAAUCGCGUCAGUUAAGGUCCAGUGGAAGAAUCGACCUGUUGAGGAAGCCACUUAG